AUGGACCCUCACAUUAUUCUCACCAAUGGUCGCUUUCCAGGCGAAGCUGCAGAUGCCCACGACUGCAUGGUUGUACAAGGGUCUAAGAUCGCCUACGUAGGCUCAGAAAACGACAAGGCUGUCCAAAAAGCCAAAUCUCAGGGCGCGCAGGUCCUGGAUCUCAAAAACCGUGUUGUUCUACCCGGAUUUAUCGACAGCCAUGUUCAUCUUUUGUUCUUUGGCCUGUCACAACAGAAACUCGAUCUUGGCGGGUGCAGGUCGCUAGAGGAGAUUCGUCACAGAAUAUCGGGAUUCGCAGCGCAGAACCCCAAUUUAUCUCAGAUUCUGUGUCGCGGAUGGCUUCAGUCUGCGACCGGGGGAAUUGCCCUUGCUAGUGAUAUUGACGAUCUUGACUCGCGGCCUAUUUUCAUCGAUGCGAAUGAUCUUCAUUCAGCUUGGUGUAAUAGCCCUGCUUUGAAGCUGUUGCCCAUUGACGAAAUAAAGGCGACUUGCCCGGAUCAUAUCACAGUCGAUGAAAAUGGAAAUCCGACUGGUCUUCUUGCCGAGCAGGCUGUUACUGCAUAUAUCUGGCCGUUCCUGAUCCAGUCACUCUCCAUAGAUGAGAAAUUAGCAGCGCUGGAGAGAGCCAUUGAUGCAUAUUCGGCUGAAGGCUAUACCGGAGUCAUUGAUAUGGCGAUGGAUAACAUAGCUUGGGAAGCUCUCCAGCGCUUAAGAGAAACAAAAGGCAUCAAUCUUCACAUCGCAGCACACUGGUUCGUACCAUACGAGGCGGAUGAAAAACUACGCGAUGCACGGAUCCAAGAAGCUGUAGAUAUGCACAACAAGUGGCAUCCUUCAAAAUCUCCAGAGUUCUGUAUCGUGGGAGUCAAGCUUAUUAGCGACGGCGUGGUGGAUGGUUGCACAGCAGCUUUGUCAUAUCCCUACGGCGAGUCUACAGAUCUUGUUCAGCCAUUAUGGCCUGGUGAGGAUAUGAACAGAACUCUCAGCCAGAUCACAAAGGCUGGUAUGCAAUGCGCCAUCCACGCCAUCGGCGACGUGGCGGUGACACAGGCUAUUGAGGCAAUCGCAAGCACAAACAAUCCCACCGCACGUCACAGGAUAGAGCAUCUAGAAAUGGCCACCCCGGAAGAUGCAAGGCGGCUAGGCAAACUGGGCAUAACAGCUUCAGUGCAGCCCGUCCACAGCGAUCCAGCCAUUCUCGAGGGCUACUCGAAGCUCGUCAAACCUUCAGCAUGGAAAGACGCAUUCCCGUAUAAAGAAUGUCUCGACGGACACGCCAAUGUCGCCAUCGGCACUGAUGCGCCCACCGCACGCCAUCUACCGUUCCCCAAUUUGUACAACGCCACGACGAGGAAGUCAGCCCUGGAACCGGAGAGAAAGACUGUUACGAAUGGGAAGAGCGCGCUCACGCUCCCGCAGGCUAUGAAGGCUGCUACGUACGGAGCGGCGUACUCGCGGUUUGCAGAGACUUGGACGGGGAGUUUGGUAGAGGGGUUGAGGGCGGAUUUUAUGAUUCUUCCUGAGAUGCCGGGCGUGGAUGGCUUGUUGGAUACGAAGGUUGAUGAGACGUGGUUUGGGGGGAGGAGAGUGUACAAGAAUGAGCAGAGUACUAGAUUAGGUAGUUCCAGAUUGUAG